AUGGUGCCCUCUGGAAGAAAACAUACAGGGAAAUCUGGGAAGCCAUCAAUGGAGGAUCAGGUUAUAAGAGCCUAUGACUUUGAGAAAGAAGAUAAAAAAGAUCUGAGUGGUUCAGAGGAGGAUGUUACUGAAGGGAAGACUCCAGUAAUUGAUAAGCAUGGGAAGAAAAGGACUUCUGCAGCAAUAUUUGAAGAUAUGGGGGGUGAAGUACAAAAUAUGCUGGAAAGAUUUGGAGCUGACAUUAACAAGGCUCUUCUUGCCAAGAGAAAAAGACUAGAAUUGUAUACAAAGGCUUCUCUCAAAACUAGUAACCAGAAAAUUGAACAUGUUUGGAAAACCCAACAAGAGCAAAGGCAGAAGCUUAACCAAGAAUAUUCUCAGCAGUUUCUGACUUUGUUUCAGCAAUGGGAUAUAGAUAUGCAGAAAGCUGAGGAACAAGAAGAAAAACUAGCUAACAUGUUUCGACAGCAACAAAAGGUUUUUCAACAAUCUAGAAUUGUUCAGAGCCAGAGACUGAAAACAAUUAGACAGUUAUAUGAGCAGUUCAUAAAGAGUAUGGAGGACUUGGAGAAGAAUCAUGAUAAUCUACUUACUGGUGCACAAAAUGAACUUAGAAAAGAAAUGGCUAUGUUGCAAAAAAAAAUUAUGAUGGAAACUCAGCAGCAAGAGAUGGCAAGUGUUCGAAAGUCUCUUCAAUCCAUGUUAUUCUGA